AUGAACAAGUCACGCGUCCACAAGCCCAAGCGGUGGCGAAUAGAGAUUCCUAUCAUCGCGAGACCACCUACCUACACCCGCGGCUCUGGUCCCCCGCUCGCCCCGCUCAAAAUCGCCCUCCAGAAUGACUCGACAGCUUACAUCACGGACAAGGAAGUUGUUCCGCUGUCUGACAAUGAAGAGAAGCUACAGAUGCACUACAUUGUGCGUUGGACCGAUUUGCCCGCUGCGUCGGUUGCCAUUCCUGCCACUCACAUCACCAGCUAUGUCUCAUCUCGGACCUUGGAGGAUUUUGAGUACAAGCUGUCGCUAGAGAAGGAGGAACAGCAAUUAUUGGACAGGAAGAUCGAGGAGACCAGGAAGGUAAACAAUCAAGUACCCCUCACGCCUACUGGCCCGGGCAAAAAACGAGGGCGCCCAAUUAAGCCAGCUGCAGCGGGAGUCAUCCUGGGGCCUCUGGGUGAGAAUGCAGCGCCGCUAUCCCUGGUCAAUAUCUCAGGCCCAUCACUUUCCACGCCACAGAAGUCGCUUAGGCUUGACGAGAACAUUGCUAAUGACACGGAUGACGUUGAUGAUGAGGUUGAGGAGGACGAUGCGGGCGAGGACGGAAGUGGGGAACAGGACACAAAUGCAGAUGCUGCCAUUUUUGACCAGCUGUAUCGCGAGGCCACAGUUUUAGUACAGGCUGAUAAUGCAGCUGACAUACCCACCGCCACUCCGCGGCAUUCACUUUCGUCGCAGGUCACAAAAAUGCACAUCUCCCCAAAAUUAACGCUAGACAGCCGCCAUUCCCCAACCUCCAUGUUCAGAGGAGCGCAACCAUCUGCCUCUCGACCAAGGCGUCUUGUCCAGACUAGCCUAUCCUCGAGUGGAUUUGUCCCUGCAGGCUGCGGCUCCACAACAUGGCCUUCACCAUCCCAAUCCCAGUCACAACCUCGAAAUUUGGGAAGACUUCCAAAUAUGACGACCCAGGUAUCCACCCUAUCCAACAUACAGAUGCUGGCCACAUCAUCGUCCAGGAAAAAGAAGAAGCAUGAAGGAUUCCAACCACCUCUAGACGAAGAGGAUGCGGCAUGGGAAGUCAAGCGGCUCGAGAGUGACAGGGUCAUUGACAUCGAUGGAGAACUUCAGCGUUGGUUCAGGGUGAGAUGGGAGGGCAAUUGGCCGGCGCAUCAGAAUCCAACCUGGGAACCCCAGGAGAACCUGCCGUCGUCGUUAGUAAAGAAGUACUUGAAAAAGAAGGCGGCGAGAGGAGGCAAUGAUGUAGCUGAAGAGCCAGACGACCUAGAGGCAAGUCGACCUCCAGCGCCGCCCAAUAAUGAAUACCCUAGCGUAGCUGACGCCUUCGGGGAUGAGAGUGAGCUUGCAGCGAUGGUGCGACACGAUCCUACCCCCAGGAGAGCCGAUGGUGAUGACAAGGACCGGUUACUGGUAGAUUCAGAUGGCGAAAAUCAAAAGAGGAUACCGUUGCUCGCUGCGUCGCUUCCGGUGAAUGGGAGUUUCGAUUUUGCGCAGGCGAGAGGGUUAUUGUUCAAUGGACAAAGUCCCGGAUCUUAG